CUUCCGAUCAGCUGAGACUCACCUGACGCUGUCCGGAACCCAGCUGCUCGGGAAUGUCAAUAAAGCUUUAGCGGUUCAAAACAUCAUGGCGGCCUCCACGGUGCCUGCAGCGCUCAGACGCUUCAUGAAAUGUUUCCUCAAAGACUCGGCUCUUGGCUCCAGGAGGAUUUGCAGCCAGUCAUUGAGUCGCACGGUAAAAGGUUGCAUCAGUCAGAGGACGUGCACUUCAUCCUCCUCCUCCUCCUCUUCUUCACCAUCUGCUGACAGUGUGGCACACUAUGAUCACCUCACUCAGUGUGGCUCCCUGAGGGAAGAUGCUCAGCAGAGACUUGUCCUGCAGCAGCUGCAGCAGCUGCAACACGACCUGAAGACGUACAGCAACAGUACUGGAUUCAUGGAGGUCGGUGCCUAUACUGACUCACUUGAUAAAUCUGAGAAGGAAGAGCCCAAUCCACGACCACCCAAAGGUUUCUAUAUCUAUGGAGAUGUUGGCACAGGGAAGACCAUGCUCAUGGAUCUGUUUUACUCCCACGUGGAUAACACCAGUAAAAAGAGAGUCCACUUCAAUGGCUUCAUGCUAGACAUCCACCAAAGGAUCCACCGGAGGAAACAAAGCCUGCCGAAACGAACGCUGGGGAAUAUGUUCACCUAUGACCCCAUAUCGCCGGUUGCCAUGGAGAUCAGCAACGAAACCUGCCUCUUGUGUUUUGACGAGUUUCAGGUGACUGACAUCGCCGACGCCAUGAUCCUGAAGCAGCUGUUUGAGACGCUGUUCAAGACCGGAGUGGUGGUGGUGGCCACAUCCAACAGACCCCCCGACGAUCUGUACAAAAACGGACUUCUGAGGGACACCUUCCUACCUUUCAUCGACGUGCUGAAGGAGCACUGCCAAACCAUCUGCCUGGACAGUGGGAUUGACUACAGGAGGCAGGACAAGGCUGUGUCAGGGAAACUGUACUACCUCGCAGAGGAGCCUGGUUCCGAAGCCUUCUUGGAUGAACUGUUUGAGGAUCUGGCUUCAACACAAAAGAGCCUAGCAGGUCCUCGGGUGCUCACGGUGCUGGGCAGGGAUGUGACUCUGGACCGGACCUGCGGCUCCAUCGCCGACUGCACCUUUGAUGAGCUGUGUGGCAGACCUCUCGGUGCCAGUGACUACCUGGAGAUGGCCCGGCACUUUGACACCGUGUUCAUCCGCCAUGUUCCAGUGCUGUCGCUGAAGCUGAAGGACCAGGCCAGGCGGUUCACGGUCCUCGUAGACAACUUCUACGACAACAAGGUGAGAGUGGUGCUGCUGGCGGCCGUUCCUUUAGACCGACUGUUCUGCCACGCGGGGGGGGACGACGAGAUGGACCGACAGCUGCUGGACGACCUGGGGCUCAGCGGGGAGGCAGCGGAGCGUCUGACUCUGUUCACGGCCGAGGAGGAGAUCUUUGCCUUCCGGAGGACCGUGUCCAGGCUGACGGAGAUGCAAACAGAGUCAUACUGGAUUAAGGGAGACCGCCGUCACAGCACAAAGCACAGGAACACCUAACAUCCAGUUCUGACUGCCACCAUAAUUAUAUACCUCCAGACAACACAGUACCUCAAAAACCACUGACGCUGUGCAAGCAAAAGCUUCAGGAACAGAAAAGAUCAAGUCAUUGUGGCGAGCGAAGCUUAAUGUUUUUAGGGAAUAAGCAGUAGUUUACUCCAAAGGCCUGAAAUCUACUGUAAAUGUAUAACAAUGUAAAACUGGAUAUCUGUUUUCCUUUGGUUCUGACUGGUUCUGACUGUGUUUGUUGUACCUCUUUACUCUCUAGGUGGUUUUCUCUGUUCCCCUCAAGAACUUGUUUAUUUAAAAUAACAGAAACCUCACCAGCUUGUGUGAAAGCAAAACUAUCAGCCUCCUUUUAUCAGGGUGGAAGUCUCCUUGACAGCAGUUGGCUACCGCCCUCUGGUGGUGAAUGUGAAAAGGGUUAAAUGUUCCCAAGCUUUUUUUUCCUGCAGCUUAACCGUAUGAUGCCUGAUAGAACAUUUUAGAACAUACUUGAUGAAUGUAUUUGAGGAAAAUGCUGAGCCGCCUUUAUGUUAAGACCAGUACCUGUCGGACUGUGAUUAUGUAUUAAAAGUCUGAACUCUAAAGAAACUACAGCUGAUCUUAAUUUUAAUUCAGCUUCUGUUUUGAGCACUGUACUUUGUGCCCUAUUGAAAAUGGAAUAAGUCUUACAUUGGUUCAGGUGAUGGCAUGGAAACACUCUUACAAAUCAAUGUAAUAAACUCUUAAAGAUAAACAAUUGUGAA